AUAAUUUUACAAUUGUGGCCAAGCAUAAGCAGUUUUAUUGUGAAACGGUGUAGGGGAUCUCUACAAACAAAAAUAAGGAGAAAAUUUGAAUCAUUCAGAUUUGAAGAUAUUGACUUUGGAGUUACGCCUCCAAAAAUUGAUGGUGUCAAAGUUUAUAAUAGGACUAUAACAAAGGAUUCGAUUGUCAUAGAUUUUGAUGUCUUUUAUGAUGGCGACUGUGAUAUUAAUUUUUCGAUAUCUGGUACACAAAUUGGAAGUAUCAGAGAUUUUCAAGUAGGAGCAGAACUGAGUCUAGUACUAAAACCUCUGAUGAUCAAAAUGCCUAUAGUGGGGGGAAUUCAAUUAUUUUUCCUGAACACUCCUGAUAUAAAUUUCGAAUUGGAAGGUUUAUCCGGUAUUCCAGGAUUAAGUUACUUUAUUCGACAGAAGAUUGAAGAAAAAAUAACAAAAAAGUUGGUGUUUCCCAAUAAAAUAACAAAGAGGUUUUCGAAAUCAGUGGAAGCUGUCGAAUUGAAGUCGUUGGAACCCGCGGUAAGUAUUAUUCAAAGGGUGUAAAGGGGCGUCCACACU